AUCUUAGAAGUUUUUAAGCAAGUUAGUAUCAAUAUCCCUUUCUUAGAUGCCAUUAAACAAAUUCCUGCCUACUCUAAAUUUUUAAAGGAUCUUUGUACUGUUAAAAGAAACACUAAUGUUCCUAAAAAGGCGUUUUUAACUGAACAAGCUAGUUCCAUUAUUCAAUAUAAGAGUCUUGUUAAAUAUAAAGAUCCUGGGUGUCCCACAAUUUCAUGCAUUAUUGGUGAUCAUUUUAUUAACAAAGCUUUACUUGAUUUGGGUGCUAGUGUAAAUUUAUUGCCUUAUUCUGUUUAUAAGCAACUUGGUCUUGGUGAGCUAAAACCUACCUCUAUAACUCUUCAAUUAGCCGAUCGUUCUGUGAAAAUUCCUAGAGGCAUUAUAGAGGAUGUUUUGAUAAAAGUUGAUAAAUUUUAUUUUCCUGUUGACUUCAUUGUUCUUGAUACUCAACCUGUGGAAAAUAUGCAUGCUCAAAUUCCUAUCAUUUUAGGUAGACCAUUCUUAGCUACAUCUAAUGCAAUCAUAAACUGUCGUAAUGGUGUUUUGAAAUUAUCUUUUGGAAAUAUGACUGUUGAAUUGAAUGUUUUUUUAGACCUUAAACCUUUGCCAGAAAAUUUAAAAUAUGCUUUUCUAGGAGAAUCUGAAACCUUACCUGUUAUCAUAGCAUCUGCUUUAGAUAAAGAACAAGAAAACAAGUUGUUAGAUGUCCUUAGAAAACAUAAAGAAGCCAUAGGUUGGACCAUUGGAGACAUUAAAGGAAUUAGCCCAUCCAUAUGUAUGCAUAGAAUCCAUCUAGAAGAGAAUGCUAAAACCUCUCGGGAAUGUCAAAGAAGAUUAAAUCCAAAUAUGAAAGAAGUAGUUAGAGAAGAGGUCAUAAAAUUGUUAGACGUAGGUAUCAUUUACCCUAUUUCUGAUAGUCAAUGGGUUAGUCCUGUUCAAGUUGUGCCUAAGAAGUCUGGGAUUACGGUUGUUGAAAAUGAAAAAAAUGAAUUAAUCCCUACUAGAGUACAAACUGGAAUAGAAGUUGAUAAAGCUAAAGUUGACCUUAUUUCAAAACUUCCCCCACCUAAAACUGUGAAAGAAAUUAGAUCAUUCUUAGGCCAUGCCGGUUUUUAUAGAAGAUUUAUAAAAGACUUUAGCAAAAUUUCUCGGCCUUUAUGCCAUUUACUUGGAAAAGAAAAUGCUUUUGUCUUUGAUAAUAAUUGCCAUGUUGCCUUUGAAAAAUUAAAAAAUUUGUUGACUACUGCACCCAUUAUUCGACCUCCUGAUUGGAAAAUACCUUUUGAAAUAAUGUGUGAUGCUUCUGAUUAUGCUAUAGGUGCUGUCUUAGGGCAAAGACUUGAAAAAAUACCUCAUGUAAUUUACUAUGCUAGCAAAACUUUGAAUGAUGCUCAAUUAAAUUACUCCACAACCGAAAAAGAAUUGCUUGCUGUUGUUUUUGCAUUGGAGAAAUUUAGAUCUUAUCUGUUAGGGUCUAAAAUUAUUGUCUAUUCUGAUCAUGCUGCAUUAAAAUAUCUCUUGUCGAAAAAAGAUGCUAAGUCUCGUUUGAUCCGUUGGAUCCUGCUUUUACAAGAAUUUGACUUAGAAAUACGUGAUAAAAAAGGAUCUGAAAAUGUUGUUGCUGAUCAUUUAUCUAGACUAGUUGUUGAAACUAUACAUGAUUCCACUCCUAUCACUGAAACUUUUCCUGAUGAACAAUUAAUGCAUAUUUCUUCAUUACUUUGGUAUGCUGAUAUUGUUAAUUAUUUGGUCACUAAAGAAAUACCAUCUCAUUGGUCUAAGCAUGAUAAAUCUAAAUUUUAUUCUGAGGUGAAAAACUUUAUUUGGGAUGAUCCUUACUUGUUUAAAUACUGCCCUGAUCAAAUAAUUAGAAGAUGCAUUCCAAACUGUGAUCAAUCUAAAAUCAUAUCUUUCUGUCAUGAUCAUGCAUGUGGAGGACAUUUUAGUGGUAAGAAAACAGCUGCUAAAGUUUUACAAUGUGGUUUUUAUUGGCCUACUAUCUUUCAUGAUACAUAUGUUUAUUGUAAAGCUUGUGAACGUUGCCAAAAGUUAGGAAGUUUAACUAAAAGAAAUAUGAUGCCUUUAAAUCCUAUUCUUAUUAUUGACAUAUUUGAUGUUUGGGGCAUUGAUUUUAUGGGACCAUUUCCUAACUCUUUUGGUAAUCUUUAUAUUCUUGUUGGAGUCGAUUAUGUGUCUAAAUGGGUUGAAGCUAUUGCAUGCCACACUAAUGACCACAAAGUUGUGCUUCGUUUUUUGAAAGAAAAUAUAUUUUCUCGUUUUGGUUCACCACGUGCUAUAAUUAGUGAUAACGGUACACACUUUUGUAAUAGGCCAUUUGAACAUUUGAUGAAACAAUAUGGCAUUACGCAUAAAGUCUCAACACCAUAUCACCCACAAACUAGUGGUCAAGUUGAAGUGUCUAAUAGGGAAGUUAAGCACAUUUUAGAAAAAACUGUGAAUCCAACUAGGAAAGAUUGGUCCUUAAGACUCACUGAUGCAUUAUGGGCGUAUCGUACCGCGUACAAAACACCCAUUGGCAUGUCACCCUACAGACUUGUGUAUGGGAAGGCGUGCCAUUUACCUGUUGAGUUAGAACAUAGAGCCUUUUGGGCAAUUAAGCAGUUAAACUUUUCUUUAGACAAGGCAGGUGAAAAACGAAAACUUCAACUAAAUGAACUAGACGAAAUUAGGAAUGAUGCUUAUGACUAUUCAAAAAAGUAUAAGGAUCGCAUGAAAUUUUACCAUGAUAAAAAUAUUUUGAGAAAACAUUUUUAUCCAGGUCAGAAAGUCCUUUUAUACAACUCUCGUUUGCAUCUAUUCCCGGGAAAGUUACGCUCUAGGUGGUCUGGUCCUUACAUUGUUCGUAUUGUUUUUCCACAUGGAGCCAUUGAAAUUGAAAAUCCUAAAAAUGGUGAUAUAAGGUAUUAUAGAGGACGUUCUAGUAAAGCUAGUGACAGUUCCUUUUGUGUUAGUGUAUUGGAGGAACCAAGUAAAGGGGUUGAGUCUAUUAAAGAUCCAUUGGAGUUGAUUCUUAUAGAAAGUCCUGAAGAGUGUGCUGGUAAGAAUGAUACUCUCCCAGUUAUUAUUUCAGCUUCUUUAUCUGAGACUGAAGAAGAGAAGCUUAUGAGGGUAUUAUGGGCUCACAAAUUAGCAAUUGGGUGGACUUUGGCAGAUAUUAAGGGUAUUAGUCCUUCAACAGUAAUGCACUGUAUAUUAAUGGAGGAGGAUAGUAAGCCUAGUAUUGAUGCUCAAAGAAGGCUCAAUCCUUCAAUGAAAGAAGUGGUAAGGAAAGAAAUUUUUAAAUGGUUGGAUGCUGGAGUUAUUUACCCAAUAUCUGACAGUGUUUGGGUUAGUCCUGUUCAGGAAUUUAAUACAUUGAAGGAAAAAUUAGUCUUCGCUUCGAUUGUUGUAUCACCAAAUUGGGAAAUUCCUUUUGAAUUAAUGUGUGAUGCAAAAAAGAUACCAUGGUUUGCAGAUUAUGUUAACUAUUUGGUAGCUAAAGUUGUGCCUCCUGACAUCUCAAGGCAGCAACUAAAAAAGUUCUAUUUGGAAGUGAAGCAUUAUUAUUGGGAUGAGUCCAUUCGUUUUUGUCAUUGUGCUGACCAAUUGAUUAGAAGAUGUGUCCCAGAAGAAGAAAUGACUUCCAUACUUACUCAUUGCCAUACUUUACAUUGUGGUGGUCUCUUUGGGGGAACAAGGAUAGCAACAAAAUUUUUGCAAUGUGGGUUUUAUUGGCCUACGUUAUUUAAAGAUGCUAAUGCCUUUGUUAAGGGUUGUGAUCGUUGCCAAAGGACCGCUUUUAAAACUCCGAUUGGUAUGUCACCAUAUCAGUUGGUGUUUGGGAAGGCCUGUCAUUUACCAGUCGAACUUGAGCAUCGAGCUUAUUGGGCGGUGAAAAAGUUGGAUGUGGACUUAUUUAUGGCUGGGCAGAAUAGACUUCUAGAGUUGAAUGAGCUUGAUGAAUUUAGAAAUGAAGGUUAUGAAAAUGCAAAGAUUUAUAAAGAAAAAUCUAAGGCUUUUCAUGAUAAAUGA